AUGCAGAUGAAGGGAUGGAGCUGGCCACCCCAAGCUUCUACUCUCUGGGUUGUUAUUAAUAGCUUGAAGGCAUGGAGGCUUGAAUCAGCUAUAGCUCCCCACCCUCCACCCAGCGGGGCAGGAGAGGGGCUUGGCUGGAUAUACAUAUUCGAUGAGUUACCCCCAGAACAGAUAUCAGUCUUGAAGAAGGCCUUUGAUGCUUUUGACCGUGAAAAGUCUGGAUCCAUCCCCACUGACAUGGUAGCAGAUAUCCUCAGGCUUAUGGGCCAGCCUUUCAAUAAGAAGAUUCUUGAUGAACUCAUUGAUGAGGUUGAUGCUGACAAGUCUGGCCGUCUCGAGUUUGAGGAGUUUGUUACUUUAGCUGCUAAGUUCAUAGUUGAAGAAGAUGAUGAAGCUAUGCAGAAGGAGUUGAGGGAAGCAUUCAGGCUUUAUGAUAAGGAAGGAAAUGGUUACAUACCUACAUCUUGCCUCAAAGAAAUUCUUCAUGAGCUGGAUGAACAGUUGACAAAUGAAGAGCUCGAUAUGAUCAUUGAAGAAAUUGAUUCUGAUGGAUCAGGCACAGUUGAUUUUGACGGUAGGUCAAACCUAAAAAUUUUGUUCUGGUAA